AUGAAAAAUAUUUCUGUGUUUUGUUACUUCAUAUUUGCUUACAUUAAAGUAUGCAUAUGCCUUCGAAUAGUCGGCAUAUCAGUACCAAAUCUAAAACAGCGAGGUGAAUCAGCCACCCUUACGUGUGAUUACGACCUAGAAGGAGGGAAAUUGUAUUCAGUAAAAUGGUAUAGAGACAAUGAAGAAUUUUACCGAUUUAUGCCAAGGCUAAGGCCACCGCAGCACGCCCAUAAACUGGAUGGAGUUAAAGUGGAUUUGGAAAAAUCAACAGCUCGACGAGUUCACCUUCGAGACUUGACCUUGAAAUCACGAGGAUUAUACCGUUGCGAAGUGUCCGAAGAAGCACCUUCAUUCCACUCAGCUCAGGCAGAGGCAUUUAUGGAAGUAUAUUAUUUUCCCAGGGAAACUCCACGCAUCACAGGCCACGACCAUGCAUAUAAACUCAAUGAACCUCUAGAUGUUAACUGCUCUUCAGCCAAAUCGUUCCCAGCUCCAGACUUACAAUGGCUCAUAGACGGUCAAAAGAUCACUGACAGAUCAUGGCUAAUUGUAUAUGGAGCGAUGCCCGCACCACAAGGACUGUUGGUAUCUACCCUUGGAUUAAGAGCGCCUACAAAUCAUCGCAUGAAACUUAAAUGCGUCGCCACUAUAGGAACGCAUCGACGGGAGAGAACUGCUUCUAUUGAAAUAAACGCUUCACCUUGGACCGCACCGUUGAGUUUACUACUAAUGAUAACAGUGAACAUUGUUUGUGUUGAGAUAUUGUGA